UGCUAUUUAAAACGUUUGACAUGCGUGAGUCUGCCGCAGCAGCUCGGGCUAAAUGAUUUGUGACUGAUUCACAAUGACACAGGUGCUGCUACAGGAGCUACUCGUAUGAGUGUGGAGGUGGAAAGAAAAUUUGUGUCCAAUGCUGACACUCUAAAAACACUUGAGGAGAUCGGGGCAGUGUGUGUUGGUCAGCGGCAAUUUCGUGACCAGUACUUUGACAACCCCAAGUUCGACCUGACCCUGAGAGACAUGUGGCUGCGUAAACGUGAAGGAUGCUGGGAGUUGAAGUGCCCAACAACAGCCAACGGGACAGAAAAGUCAUCUGGAGAACAGUCUAAAGCGGCAGCACUGUGUUCUCGCUACAGGGAGAUAACCGAUCUGCCUGAAAUUCAACAGAGAGUGAAAGAGGUCAUAAAAGACAUUUGCGAGGAUAGAGAGACAGAGGCCAGCCCCCCACAGGAGGAAGAGUCUUGGCUGGGCGAAAUAAAUCUGGUGUGCUUUGCUGAUUUUACAACAGUGCGGCAGUCCUUCACUUUAGAGGAGAAGGGGGUGCAGAUAGAUCUGGACCAAGCUGACUUUGGCUACCAAGUGGGAGAGAUAGAGGUCCUCGUUCCAGAGGGAGAAGAUGUGCAGUCUGCUUUGGAGAAGAUCGAAAGAACGGCUGGAAAACUGGGUCUGACUGGAGAUCAGCAAGUUGAAGGAAAAAUGAAUGUUUACCUUCAAAGAAAUCACCCAGAGCACUACGCAAAGCUCCUGAGCAAACAUGUUUUCUAAGUGUUCUAAGUUUCACAUUUUAAAUCUGUGAAACUUACGGCAACAUUUUUUUUCAUUUGUAUCUCAAACACUCCUACUAUACAUGUAUUUGUUAAGACUAAUUCCAUUCAUCCAGUAUUUAAAUAUUCUCUCAAUUCAAUCACUGUCCAGACCUGAAUCUCUCAAGACACUUCCUGAAUUUGAAGCCUUAGAAAAACAGCAAUAGGCCCUUGAAAUUUACCAUGGCUAUAAAGUGAGAGAAAGUGUGAACACUGGAAAUAAAUAAGGUGCCGUGCUGUCGAUUCCCUAUUAAUGAUGUACUGUGUUUUAUUUAAAAGCCAAGAAGUUACAUAUAUUUAUUAGACAUAUUUAUGCUGAUGUUUCGAAAUGUUGCACGACAAAAUCAGCUAUAGGGCUCAAAUGUUAUCAUCGGUUUACAUUAAAUUACUUCUCGUGUGGUUUGAAAUUAACUGAAGGUCAGCAAAUUCUGCACGAAUGUAUAAAUAAUAAAAUAAUGUUUUGCGCUGAAUCUUUUGCAGCGAAGAAAAGACUAAUAUUUGCAUUGCAUAUUUUAUUACACUAAAAAUUCAGAAACCAACUAUUAUGCAACAAAUGUUUGCUUGUGUGUAUUUUGUAUGUAGGAUGGGUGAUAGUGAAACCAUUCAACGUGUCUGCAUGACUGCAUAUUACACCUCAUUUUGUUAUCACGACAAAGAAACUAGUUAAAACAAUAGAAUGACGUAGGUGAAUUUAUUUAAUUAAUUUGAGAACAGUUAAAAGUUCUGUUGCCACUAGUGUGCUGCAGAAAUAUAUGAAUGGAAGCACUUAAAUAACCGUUUUCCCUUUUGCUGUCACAAAUUCCCCACCUUCCUAGUGUAAUUCAUCCUGCUUACAUGUUUAAUUAUCUCUCCUGUCAUUCCAGAUCCUGUCAUCUUCACCUGAUUGUCCCUCAUUCCCUUCACCUGGUCCUCACGCCCUUCUCACCUGCAGCCCAUCCCCUCAUUAGUCCCUCAUUCCCUUCACCUGGUCCUCACGCCCUUCUCACCUGCAGCCCAUCCCCUCAUUAGUCCCUCACGCCCUUCUCACCUGCAGCCCAUCCCCUCAUUAGUCCCUCAUUCCCUUCACCUGGUCCUCACGCCCUUCUCACCUGCAGCCCAUCCCCUCAUUAGUCCCUCACUAUUUAGCUCCCUCACUUCCACUUGUCCUCUGCCAGAUUGUCUUAUGUGUCACCGCCAAACUUUCCAGCGAAUUCCUAGUACUAGUUCUGAUCUGCCCGUUACGACCCUGUUUGCCUGUUAACCCGACUUGAGAUUUUUGCCUGCCCCUUUUGGAUUUGUUGCCCUGUUUGACGGACCACCCGGUUUUGACCCUGCCUGAAACAUUAAGUAAACCGCCUCCUCCUGCA